UUCCCGGAACUUGGCAACACAUUCAUCUCGCCGCCUUGGCUCUCGUGACGUUUGGAUUCCGGAAGAGGUAGUGAUUCACGAGCUCAGACGUUGCUAGCAAAGAUGGCGUGUGGAGACAUGCACAAGUCAAACCCAGAUGAGUAUCCAUACUCCAGAUGUAUGGCUGAAAUGGAGAAAGAAAGGGAGUCGUAUCUAAGCCCUACAGAAAACCCAUCCACACUUUGUGUCUCAUCGGGACUCCAAUCAGAACAGCAAGGCUAUGAUGUUGAGUUUGACCCCCCACUAGAGAGCAAAUAUGAGUGUCCCAUUUGCCUAAUGGGUCUAAGGUCAGCUGUUCAGACACCAUGUGGCCAUCGCUUCUGCAACAGCUGUAUUAAAAAAUCCAUCAGGGACACAGGGCAGAAAUGUCCAGUUGACAAUGAAGUACUGACAGAAGACCAGCUUUUUCCAGAUAAUUUUGCCAAGAGGGAAAUCCUGUCUCUGACUGUGCGCUGCCGCAAUGACGGCUGUAUUGAGAAAAUGGAGCUCAGACACUUUGAGAAUCACUUGAUCACCUGUGAAUUUGCCACAAUACCUUGCUGCCAGUGUAUGGACCUUGUAAGGAAGAAUAGUAUCGAGAAACAUAUGAGCCAGGACUGUUUACAGCGCCUGAUCACAUGUCCUGACUGUGCAGAGAGUAUCAUCUUUGAUAACAAAAAAUUUCAUGAGCAGAUGUGUCCCUUUGUAAAUACGGUGUGCGAGUACUGUAACAUGGAUUUCAUUCGUGGCCAGUUGUCUUCACACUGUGCCACGGACUGCUUGAAAGCUCCUGUUGCCUGCACUUUCAGCGUAUUUGGUUGUCAAGAAAAGAUGCCGAGAAAUGACCUGGCCCUACACAUGCAGGAGUUCACCCAGAUGCACAUGCGCUUCAUGGCCGACUUCCUGAGGAACCAGACUAUGAAUGGCCCUCUCCCUGCUUCAAACUGCAGCCCUUCUUGUUCGCCUUUGGCCGAGCAUGGUGCCACUGCCAGAGCGAGUGAGCCAUGCCAGUGCAACCAGGACAUGCAGCAGCUACGUGAGACUGUCGUGGAACUCGAAAGCCGGCUUGUGCGCCAAGACCACCAAAUACGGGAGCUGAGCAUCCGCAAUGAUACGCAGCAUACACAGGUCACGGAGCUACGCAAGAAGCUGGCAUCGCUGGAAGAGAAAGUGCAUGAGCUUGAAGCUCAGCAGUAUCAAGGUGACUAUGUUUGGAGGAUAGAGGGAUUUUCAGCUCACCUGCACCAACAAGAAGCUGGACAACCAGUUGUGCUCCAUAGCCCACCUUUCUACACUGGGAGACCAGGCUAUAAGCUGUGUCUGCGACUGCACCUGCAGACACCGAGUGCGCCACGUUGCUCUAACUACAUCUCGUUGUUCGUACAUACGAUGCAGGGUGAGUUUGACAGCCAGCUUCCGUGGCCCCUGCAGGGUACCAUCCGUCUGCUAAUUCUGGACCAGGCUGAAUCCCAACACCACGUUGAAAUAAUGGAGACCAAACCAGACCUGCAAGCUUUCCAAAGGCCCACAGUGCAGCGCAACCCAAAAGGCUUUGGCUACGUCACCUUCAUGCAGCUGCAGGCACUGCGUCAACGAGGCUUUGUCAGGGACGACGUGUUGCUGGUGCGAUGCGAGGUCAAUCCACGCUUUGACAGCAGCCUUAGGAGAGAGGGAAUGCAACCUCGAGGACCUGACCCAUCCCUCUGAGCUCAUCAUUUUGUUAUCGCGUCACAAGUUCUCAGAGACACACCCUAAUAGUACAUUUAUUUGUUAGUUUGUUUCAAGAGAUUAUUCUUACAGUACAGUACAUUACAUGUAAGACUUUUGAAGCAGUGAGCUGUAAGGAUUUUGGAAUUGCUUUUAUUAUGGGCACCAUCAACUCAGUAAAUGAAAGAAAUAAGAAAUCCUGAGAGCAGCUCUUUAUGGUGUACUCUCAAACUUGCUUUCUGUUUGUUUUUGUAUUUUAUAUAUAAUUUUCAGCACAAAUCAAUAACCUUUUGAUUGAUAAAGGUGUGUGUGUGUGCGUGUGUGUGUGUGUGUGAGAAACUAACAUCUAUACGUACUUCUACCUUAAAUGCACUGAUGGUUAAGUUCCUAAAAUCCCCCUUACUGAUUCAUAGUGACUGUGCUGACUUAAUUUCAUAUCCGACAUACCUCUAUUUAAAAAAAUAAUAAUAUUUUCACUCAACAAAUAAGAAAUUAAAGGUAGUCCCUAAUUUA